AAAUAAACGGCAAGUCACAGUUUACCAAUCAAUGCAUGUCUUGAUGAAGCAUAAACUACUCUUUUCUUUCCCUCUUUCUCUCUUUAUGAUCUGGUAUACAGCUACUACUCCUAGUCCAAAUACGCUUCAGUUUUCUGAUCCUGCUUCUACAUCGGAUACUGCCCUUGCUUCAUUUCACCCACUUGUAUUUCUUUAUUUUAUGCUGUCAUUCUAUCUUGUACCUUAUCCCAUCUAUCGCUUAAUAGCCAAGAAAUAUGAUUGGGAAGUCAACAAAAAGUCCAUAGCAAGGCAUUGGAGUGAUACUAUGCUGGCAUUUAGUUAUGGUGUAAUUCUAUUUAUCUUUGGUAAUUAUACUAAAGUGUUUAGUUGGAUCACAGUCAUUGCAUUUUAUCCUUCUCUAUUUGGCUAUGCUUUGAUAGCAGAACAGCCCUAUACAAAGACGUCUUUACCCAACAUCAAACAAUGGCCUAAAGGGAUGUGGGUUGUGUUUUUAGUGGCAUUGGCUGUGAUUUUGGCGUUUGCAGGUGUGCAUAUUUAUUUUGCAAGCAUAUUGCCUUUACCUUUUGUGAUUUACUAUGUAUGUGCAUUAUGUGUACCUUUGUUCUUUUUGUUUGUUGCUGUUUUGUUGAUAAAAGAAGUCAAUCAAAACUGGAUCAGGACAAGAUAUUACAAAGAUGAAGAAAAGGCAAAUCCAUAUAGCAACACUAUUAGUCUACAUAUUCAUCAUUGGCAAAUAUUUUAUGUCCUAGCCUUUUUACUCGUAGCAGCAGGCAUUGUACUGGCUUGCUAUAUGCAAGGCAUUUGUGCUUAUGGCUAUGAUCCUCUUGUGAAUGAUAAUUAACACUGAAUUCAGGUUUCAACUUUGAGAGGAAGUGAUAGGCUCGAUAAAGCAGUAGACAGUGUCUCCCACAAACCUGAUUGGUUACUAAAAAAAAGUUGUCGCCUAAAUAACAAAACCUGCUUUUUCUUUUACUCUUAUGUUUGCGUGUAUUACGAAGGAA